CUUAAGGGCACGUGGUCUAUUUUCCUCUGAAAGGGUUCAUUGGUGUCUGCUUUUGCCCACACUUAAGAUGGCGGAAUCGGUUGUGAUGCGGUUCCCGUUACCCGGAUGUUACCGUUGUUAGGAAAGCGGGCUGCUUCUUGACUGGGCCCGAAUAUGGACUGGAAGCAGGCGCUGAAGAAGCGGUUGGCCGUGGGCUCCGACCGUAAAAGGAGUGAUCAAGAGCUGAAGGAUGAAGAAAUGGAGCUGUUUACAAAGUACUAUCUAGAAUGGAAAGGAGGAAGAAAAGCUCCCAAUACCCCUUACAUGAACAUACCACGCUUUUAUUAUAGGCUGCCAGCCGAAGAUGAAAUUUUAUUACAGAAAUUGAGAGAAGAAUCUAGAGCAGUCUUUUUACAAAGAAAAAGUAGAGAGCUGUUAGACAAUGAAGAAUUGCAGAAUUUAUGGUUUCUUCUGGACAAACAUCAGACAUUACCUAUGAUGGCUGAUGAAGCAAUGAUCAACUAUGACAGCUUCCUGAAAGUUGGUGAGAAAGCUGGAACCAAAUGCAAGCAGUUCUUCACAGCUAAAGUCUUUGCCAAGUUACUUCACAAUGAUCCCUAUGGAAGGAUAUCUAUAAUGCAGUUUUUCAAUUAUGUGAUGAGAAAAGUUUGGCUAUACCAGACAAGAAUAGGCCUCAGUUUAUAUGAUGUGGCUGGGCAAGGUUACCUCAGGGAAUCAGAUUUAGAAAAUUAUAUUCUGGAACUCAUCCCCACAUUGCCACAGUUGGAUGGUUUAGAAAAAUCAUUUUACUCAUUCUAUGUCUGCACUGCAGUAAGGAAAUUCUUCUUUUUUCUAGAUCCUCUUAGAACAGGGAAGAUAAAAAUACAAGAUAUUUUAGCUUGCAGUUUCCUUGAUGAUUUAUUAGAGUUACGGGAUGAAGAACUUUCAAAAGAAAGUCAAGAAACCAACUGGUUUUCUGCUCCUUCUGCACUGAGGGUUUAUGGUCAGUAUUUAAAUCUUGACAAAGAUCACAAUGGUAUGCUUAGUAAAGAGGAAUUGUCUCGUUAUGGAACAGGGACUUUAACCAACAUAUUUUUGGACCGUGUCUUCCAGGAGUGUCUGACCUAUGAUGGAGAAAUGGACUAUAAGACGUACCUGGACUUUGUACUUGCAUUAGAAAACAGAAAGGAGCCUGCAGCUCUGCAGUAUAUUUUCAAACUGCUUGAUAUAGAGAACAAAGGAUACCUGAAUGUCUUUUCCCUUAAUUAUUUCUUUAGGGCUAUUCAAGAACAAAUGAAAAUCCAUGGACAAGAGCCAGUUUCUUUUCAGGAUGUCAAGGGCACAGCAUGAAUAAAAUUUUCUGAGAAAGAACUCUGCUGCAUGAAGUAGCAGGCAACAAAAAUCCUUUGCCUAAAACUUAAUGGUCUGAAGCGAACCCAGUGUUAACGGCAGAAAAGAAAAAAGACAAGAGUCUUCUCAUUGGCUAAUUGUAUUACACUUCUACUUGAGCAGAAAAUGGUCUUAGUUCAAGAAAAUGCCAAAAUACUUUUGAGCUCUAAAUCAAUUUAGAAGACUUCAUAUUGAAGUUUGGACAAGUUUCAUUCUCCACAAAUUAAGCAAGACUCCUUAUGCAUACCAGCACAAUUAGAGAGAAAAGACAGCUAGUGUCCUAAAUUGGAUAUCCACCACCAAGGUCAUCUUAAGCAGAUUCUUGAGUGGGUUUUAACUUUUAAAGUGGACUAAAACAAUUUUGAGUGAAGGCUGCUGACCACAUGGCUCUAGUAGUCUUCAUUGCGCUGUAUGUCUUUUUGCUGUUUGCGAAUAUAUGACUUGGCACUUUGAGACAGUUUGGACAUGAAUGAGACUACACUUGAUGACUGUAUACAUAUAUUGCUUCUCCAACUUGGGGACAAUGUUUACCAAUGGUUAAAACACCUCAAAAUAUUGUUCCUUUCCCUUUAAGAAAACAUUAAGCAAUCUGUUAAGCAAGAUUUUUGUUGCAUAUACACAGAGAGAUCUGGUGGAGUGGAAAAUAUCCAGCCAGUAUAAGACUACUAUUAACAGUUAAUACAGAUAUCAUCUGCAACAAGUUUAAUGAAUAUAUCUGCCUUUGAUAUGCACAUAUCCUAACAUUACAACCACUGAGUCCACUGUCAGUCUCUCCAAAGUGUGUUAGGCAGCUGAUGCCUUGGCUUUUAAGAAAGAUUGGGCCUCAUUCUUAUACUCUAAAUGUAAAGUCUAAAGUACGGCUGGAAAGAAAUUUACUACAGCAAUUUACCUCUGUUUUGAGGUCAAGCGUAAGUACAUCUUGUGUGAAUGUAGUAUUAUAUUCUGCAAUUAUGUGCUUGAGCUGAACAAUGUAUUAUUAGGAGGUGAAAUUCAGUAUUAUUCAAUUAUUUUUUGUAAAAUAAAUUACCUUCUACUGGUGUACCAACUUUGUAUUCCGACACUUUGCCUUAAUGCAAAAACCAUUGUGUAAUAUUUUAUUUAUUUUUUAGGAUGAAAUCUUUGAUAUGGUGAAGCCAAAGGAUCCUUA